CACAAAUGGACAAACUUGUGACGACUGCCGCAGUGUCACUGCUCCGUGGCUGAUUGACAGUACCCAAUUCGCCACAUGACAUCCAAGGCAACUAUGACGAGCACAGAGAUUGACGACUUUGAUGAUGCCUUGUACACAGUCGUGAUCCAGAGAGAUCACGCCGCCGUUCAGGCGAUGCUGGCUCAAGUCGACAUCCACAGCCCAGACUUGCAACAGCCAUUGACCAGCGGCUUCCUCGAAGCUGCAGGUCGAGAUGCAUCGAUCGCCAAACUGUUCUUAGACGCCAACUUUGACGUGAAUGCUCGAGACGAGGACGGCAACACGGCGUUGAUGGUUGCGGCGCGAGGAGAAGAUACCUACGUCUUUGACUCGUUCUCGGACCACGAAGGCGACGAGUGCGACCCGCUCUGCGAACGGCAACAACAUCCUGACCUGCAGAUUGAGUUUAUCGAGUCCUUGCACAACGUCGAGCAACUCUUGGCUCAUGGUGCAGCCGUGGAUGCUGCCAACCACACUGGCAGCACCGCCUUGCUUCAAGCUGUGACGGCCAGUGGCCAACCCGACAUCGUUCGCUUGCUCGUACAAGCCAAGUGCAAUGUCGUAGCCAUCGAUGACAAAGGAUGCAUGGCGCUGCACCAUGCCGCUUUGCGUGGUCAAGCGGAGAACGUCCGACUGCUGCUGACCGUUCACGACCCCCAAGACCUCCAAGUUACCACAGCUGAUGGCGACUCGGUGCUGUACCUGGCAUGCACGUCUGGGAAUGUGGACGUCGUGAACCUCGUCAUGGCGUCGUCGGCCCACCUCCACGUAGAUGCUGCCAACGAGGAUUUGCAGACGCCGCUCAUGACAGCAGUGAUCUUUGAGUCGCUCGAGAUCGUGCAGCGUCUCAUCCAAGCCCACGCGGACGUGACGAUGAAGGAUUCGUUUGGCAUGACAGCAUUGCAUCAUGCAGUGUACUCGGGCGCCAACAUAGAUAUCGUCGCAUGUCUUGUGGACGCCAAGUCGGAUAUCAAUAACACAUGCGUGGAUGACAUGGCCAACACCAUCCUGCACGAUGCAGUCACCGGCUCGUCGCUCGAAGUGGUGGCGUACUUGGUCAAGUCUGGGGCCGCGGUAGAUGCCGUCAACGGAGUAAACACGAUUGUGUGUGGAUGCUACUGGCUAAUUUGAAUGUCAAUAAUAGGAAGGCAAGACGGCGGCGAUGCUAGCACAUGAAGUCGGACGUCAAGACAUGGUCGAGUUCUUCGAGUCCUUGGCUGCCACUCCAUAAUAAUCAAGUCAUUAAUAUAUCAGUUGUUUCCCUA